ACAGCAAUCAUGGUGAACUUAAUUCAGAUGGUGCGUGACCACUGGGUUCAUAUCCUGGUCCCUAUGGGAUUUGUCGUUGGAUGUUAUCUGGACAGAAGGAAUGAUGAAAAACUGACUGCCUUCCGGAAUAAGAGUUUAUUAUUUAAAAGGGAGUUGAGACCCAAUGAGGAAGCUACCUGGAAGUGAAGGCUGUGGCUGAUUACAGAAUGCUCACAUUUCAAAAACCAGGCAAAAAAUAAAACCAUGUUUAUU